AUGAUCCCUACUCUAUUAGUAUGUUGUAAGAACUUAGACUCCCAUCUACCGCAAAUGGCUCUUGCAGCUCUUCGUUCAUUUGGUUUCUCAUCCAGGAUUCCUCGCAACAGGUCUACCUCUACCACAUCCACCCAUUCCCCACAGCGACGCUCGAUCUCCCUUUCAUCCUAUCUCGUCACGCCCAAGGAGCUCAAUGAUGCGCUUAAAAAAAAUGUGAGGACCAAAAUAUCUACCUCACCGCGGGUGAUCCCGCUGUGUGCCACCUGGUUCAUGCCCAAUGAUCCCGCGAAACGUACGGGUAUUGAGGCCUUCAAAAAGUGCCGCAUCCCACAUGCCCGCUUCUUCGACAUUGAUGCGGUGAAGGAUCACGAUUCCCCGUAUCCACACAUGUUGCCUAGCAAAGAAAGUUUUCAAGAAGCUAUGCAGUCUCUGGGAAUUUGCAGAGAUGAUCAAAUUGUGGUAUAUGACUCCGAGGAGGUAGGACUCUUCAGUGCGCCUCGGGUGGGCUGGACAUUGAGGGUGUUUGGGCACAGCAAUGUCCAUGUCCUUAACAAUUUCAAAAUAUGGGUCCAGGAAGGAUAUCCAACUGAGUCUGGAGAUGUUUCCCCUGAAGAGCGAUCUAACUACACUGUGGGCGAUUUCAAUCCAAGAAUGGUUGUGCAUUUCACGGAGAUGAAAGAAAUUGCCGAGAGCCAUGGCAAGGAGUCUUCGGAGGGUAUCCACAUUCUUGAUGCCAGAUCGGCGGGCAGAUUUACGGGGAAAGACAACGAGCCCCGCCCUGGCCUCCCGUCAGGCCAUAUGCCCGGUUCUACGAACUUACCCUUCUCGGAGCUCCUUGAUGCCAACACCAAAGCAUUGCUUCCGGCAUCAGAGCUGCGCAAAAUAUUUGAGGCUAGGGGAAUUAAUCCGGCUGAACCAACUGUCAGCAGCUGUGGAACCGGCGUGACAGCUGCCAUUAUCGAGCUUGCUUUGAAAGAGGCCGACGACACCGCACCUGGAAAUAGGCGAAUAUACGAUGGGAGCUGGACGGAAUGGGCUCAAAGAGUGACGGAGGCUAGUGGCCUGAUUCAAAAGUCAUGA